AUGGCUGUCAGCGUGGACAACAUGAGCGCUGCUUCUACAGCCAGCCCGCGGGCACGAUGGAAGUACCUAGACAACAUACUCACCCGCAAGGGGCCUUUUACGGAUGAAGAUAGCUUUAUGGUUGGUGAGCAGGCGAUCGAAUACUUGAGUAACCUUAAAGUUCUCGGUGCUGGUGGAUUAGGAUGCGAGAUUCUCAAGAACCUCGCCCUUUCAGGUUUCAAGGACAUCCACGUCAUCGACAUGGAUACAAUCGAUGUCAGCAACCUCAACCGACAAUUCCUCUUUCGUGCCUCAGAUGUGGGAAAGUACAAAGCUGAAACUGCUGCUGCUUUUGUAGAGAAGCGUGUCAAGGACGUCAAGAUUACUCCUUACUGCGGCAAGAUUCAGGACAAAGAUGAGAGCUACUACAUGCAAUUCGGCCUCAUAGUAUGUGGUCUGGACAGCAUCGAGGCACGCCGAUGGAUCAAUGCGACGCUUGUGGGCAUGGUGGAUGAAAACAACCCCGACUCCAUGAAGCCGCUAAUUGAUGGUGGAACCGAGGGCUUUAAAGGCCAGGCACGUGUCAUCUUCCCUACCAUGACAUCGUGCAUCGAGUGCCAGCUGGACAUGCACGCUCCCCGUGCCGCGGUACCCCUUUGCACCCUCGCCACAAUUCCCCGGCAGCCACAACACUGCAUCGAAUGGGCACACAUCAUUGCAUGGGAAGAGGAGCGCAAAGACAUCACUCUCGAUACCGACGACCCAGAGCACAUCACAUGGCUGUUCAACAAAGCAUCCGCUCGCGCAAAGGAAUUCAACAUCGAAGGCGUCACUUACAUUAUGACCCAAGGUGUUGUCAAAAACAUCAUCCCAGCAAUUGCAAGCACAAACGCCAUUGUAGCAGCGAGUUGCUGUAACGAGGCCUUCAAGAUCGCCACCAACAGCAAUCCUUUCUUGGGAUACCCUGGCAUGGACAACUACAUGAUGUACACUGGUGACGACUCUGUAUACACGUACACUUUUGAGCACCAGAAAAAAGACGACUGUCCUGUCUGCGGUGAGGGCAAUAUCGCAAGACCCCUUCAGGUUCUCCCUGGUAUCACGUUGCAGGAGUUUAUCGAUGGGCUUGCGGAGAGGCCAGAGGCUCAACUCAAGAAACCUUCAAUCCGUACAGGAGAGAAGUCGCUUUACAUGCAACUUGCAGGCCUUGAGGAGCAAACACGUCCUAAUCUGGAGAAGAAGAUGGUUGACCUGGUCGAGGAAGGUGAGGAACUGCUCAUCACGGAUAAGAGCUUCCCGACGCAAUUCAAGUACAAGGUUGCCUGGGCAUCGAAGUAG